UUUGUUUUCAUUCCGCUACCGACUUCUCAUUUUUGCCUCCACGUUUCCCGUCUUUCAAGCUCUUGCUCCCUGGUUCGGUGGAGGCCGAGGGAUGGACACGCUCGAUCACAUGACCCUCAUCGCAGACCCCCUGGACUCUGGCGGCGGAGGGGGGCGCAUCAUGGAGGAAUGCAUGCUGGGAAACAGCCGGGUCAGCCUGCCUGAGGAUCUCCUGGAGGAUCCGGAGAUCUUCUUCUCUGUUCUGAGCGAGAACACGUGGAGCAACGUGCUGACAGAUGCCCAGCGCCAGCGUCUUCGCCAGCUACUCCCUCAAUUUCCGGAAAACUGCGCCGCCCAGCAGGACAGCGUCAUCAGCGACCUCUUCAACAACCAGAACUUCCGCUUCGGGAACCCCUUGCACCUUGCUCAGAAGCUCUUCAGAGAUGGCUACUUUAACCCAGAAGUGGUGAAGUACAGACAGUUGUGUGCCAAGUCCCAGAAGAAGCGGCAGUUGUACUCCUUGCAGCAGUACUACCACAGGCUGCUCAAGCAGAUCCUCGUCUCCAGGAAGGAGCUGCUGGAGCGAGCGAGCCGCAAUGGUCCUGACCUCAGGAUGAAGAGGAGGUUCCCUUCUCCGUCCCGCGGUGAGAGCCAGGAGCUGCGGGCCAGAUGGAGAUGUUCCAGGAUAUUGCGGGAGGUCAAGAGCGAAUGUGGCGACAGCAGCGUCUCCUCCGAUGACGAAGAUGUGGCCUCAUGGUUGCCAGAUCCGCAGUCUCCAUCCUCGCCAGCUCCUACCGUCUCGCUCCGCGUUCUGCCGAGCCUUUCGACCCAGGACAUGAAGAUCACGGAGAAGCCGGAACUGGGGGAGAAGGACUUACAAGCCAUGCUGAGGAGACACAGAGAAAAGAGGAAACGCCAGCCGGAUCAUCCUGACCUGAUGACCUCCGACCUACACCUUGGUGACAUCAUGUCUAGAGUAAACAUAGGGCGAAAAGGCUCUGCUGUGCCGCUGUUCGAUCUGGCUGUGCCCAAAAAGAGGUUGAGGGAAGAAAAGAAAAAGAAGAAGUUCCGACCCAUAAAACUGGAGCCGGAGGAGCCUGGUGAUGUCCUCAUGCCCUCGGAGGCUCAGCCGCCAAGUGUCCCUGCGGCUCCCGCUCCGCCAGAGGCUCCCGCUCCACCCCUAGGGGUCAAGGAAGAGCUCAUGGACGAGGUUCAGAGUAGCCCUGCGAUGGUGGAGGAGAUCGCGGUUAGCUUCUUCAAUGUGCUGGAGAACAUCCUGAAGAUGGAGGGCCAAGCUACCGCCAGCACGCUUGAGGAGAAGGUGCAGCAGUGGCAGGCCUCUCCAGCCAGCACUCUCAACCCCUGGUUCUCUCUCGCCCCCUGUUGGUCAGAGCUGCUUCUGUCUGCUCUGCAGUUCCUGUCAGGGGAGAGUAGGGCGGGCGUAAUGUCGCUCCCCACUGGCUUCUCGCCACUCGUCGAGUACCGAGAGCGCUCUCAGCAGUGGAAGUGGAUCAGUCCCAGUCAAGACGGUGAGAAGGACUUGAGCGCACUUUGUCAGCUCUGGUUGGAAUCGAAGGACCAAGUGGUUGUUAAGCAGGAGAGCGAAGAGGCAGCCGAGUUGACGCCCCCUGCGCCAAGAGUCUGGACCGACUACGUAGUGAGACCGAGCACCGGGGAGGAGAGACACGUGUUUCAGGAGCAGGAGCAGCAGCGCUACGACCAGCCCCACAAGGCGUUCACAUUCCGCAUGCACGGGUUCGAGUCAGUGGUGGGCCCAGUCAAAGGGGUGUUUGACAAGGAGACGUCGCUCAAUAAGGCACGGGAGCACUCCCUGCUGCGCUCCGACAGGCCUGCAUACGUCACCAUCCUUUCGCUAGUGCGCGAUGCUGCUGCCAGGCUGCCCAAUGGGGAGGGAACCCGAGCAGAGAUCUGCGAGUUGCUGAAGGACUCCCAGUUCCUGGCCCCUGAUGUCACCAGUGCUCAGGUGAACACGGUGGUGAGCGGAGCACUGGACCGGCUGCACUACGAGAAGGACCCCUGCGUGAAGUACGACAUUGGCCGCAAGCUGUGGAUCUACCUGCACCGGGACCGCAGCCAGGAGGAGUUUGAGAGGAUCCACCAGGCACAGGCAGCAGCGGCCAAGGCCAAGAAGGCCCAGCAACAGAAGCCUAAACCAGCACCCAAGCCUAAGUCCAGCAAGGAGGGCAGUGGGAAGGUCAUCGGAGCAGGCGAGCAGAUUGUUCUCAGCGAUGGAGGAGCUGUGUCUGCGGUCAGCCUGCCCCCCACACCUGUGACCCCUACACCCAGCACACCUGGCACACCCAAGUCACCCCUGGCCCCUGCUGCCAGCACCCCCACCAAGACAGGAGUCCCGGACACAGUGAAGCAGAGCCCCAGCGUUCUCUUGGUGUCCCCCCCCUCGAUUCCCCAGCUGGGUACCUUCCUCUCCACCAGCCAGUCAACGCCACCGACCCCGCAACCCGCUACCCGGGUGGUGGCCCAUUCCGGCCCAGGCUCCCUGCCGCAAGUCCGCGUGGUCACUGCACAGUCCGGUCUGGGCGCCCCAUCCGGCAGCCAGCAGGCAACGCUUGUGCACCCCGCCCAGCACCAGAUCCGCGUGCCUGUCACCGUGGCACAAAGCAAGGGCCUCACGCAGACAGUGGUGACCCUCCCCCUGCGCACGGCGACCAGCAGCAGCCCUGUACAGGUGCAGGCGGCCCGGGGGCAGACGGGCAUCACCAUGGCGGGCCUGACCUCCGCCGUGACGGUCAGUAAACCGCCAAGCAGCACUCCCGGAAGCCCUGCCCACAGCGUUACCCCGCCAGCCGUGCUGCAGGGCAUCACCAGCCAGAACAUUAUCAAGCAGGUGGCCAUCACAGGCCAGCUGGGUGUGAAAUCUCAGGGAACCACAGGCAUCCCCCUGACAGCCACCAAUCUGCGCAUUCAGGGCAAGGAUGUGCUCCGCCUGCCCCCAUCCUCCAUCACCACAGACGCCAAGGGCCAGACCGUGCUGCGGAUUACGCCGGACAUGAUGGCCACCCUCACCAAGUCCCCAGUGACCACCGUGAAGCUCACCCCAGACAUGCUCAACGCUGCUGCAACAGGGAGCGCUAAAGGCAUCUCAGCCACCCUGCAUGUUACCCCAUCGCACCCCUCACCACCCUCAUCAUCUGCGCUGGCCCCUCCCCCUGGGGACUCGUCAGCCAUCAAGGCAGCUGCUUCCCUAGUGAAGGUGCAACCUGAACUUAAGGCAGGUGGUGACACUGCCAUCCGCCUGAUGCCUGCCCUAGCGGUCACCGUCGCUGACCAAAAGGGGCGCGGGUUCUCUACUGUGUCCUCUGACUCAAAACCGGCCACCACAAUUCGCAUCAUGCCUGGCCUUGGCGUCAUCCCUCAGAAGCAGGGCCAGACCAUCACCGUGACAACAACGACUGCCGCUAAACCUCCGACAGCCUCCUCGGGGGCUGCGACCGUCACCAUAGCAACCAGCGGAGUGGCAGGGUCCAAGGGUCUGACCAUGGGUCCCGCUGCCACCGGCUCACCCAUCUCCAUAGGGGCUGGCACGGCGACGGUCCGCCAGGUUCCUGUUAGUGCCACAGUUGUGUCCACUCAGCCGGGGAAGUUGCCAGCUCGCAUCACGGUACCCCUCUCUGUCCUCAGUCAGCCGCUGAAGAGCAAGAGUGUCGUGACCAGUCCCAUCCUGAAAGGCAACAUCAGUACCAACAUCAGCAACCUGGGCAGGAACAUCAUCCUGACCACCAUGCCUGCGGGCACUAAACUGAUAGCGGGAAACAAGCCGGUCAGUUUCGUCACCGCUCAACAACUGCAACAGCUGCAGCAGCAAGGACAGGCCACGCAGGUGCGCAUUCAGACAGUUCCUGCGCAGCAGCUGCAGCAACGCACAGUCACGGGUUCCCCCAAGCCUGUGUCCACUGUGGUCGUCACCACGGCGCCCUCCCCGAAAAGGACUCCCGAUCCCCAGUGAGGUGCUGAGAAGUGGCAACAGCGUCGGGAGGUUCUCGUACCUCGCAGGGGGGCCCUGAGGCAACUGCGAGGGUCCGAGUGCCGGGCAACAGCCCCCCUGUGGGACACACCCCAUGCCCCGUGUUUAGUUCCCUUAGCGGGGAGAGGAGUCCAGCGUGAUGCGUGCUUCAAAAUGCUGACUGGACACAAAAUGUGUGUGCAACACAGGAAAAGGACUUUGAGUCUAUUGAAACAACACUGCGGCUGGACACACCCUGCGGUUGGACCUGCUCUUCCUGUUCGUAUCUUUGUUUUUGUUGUUACCUCUGCUCCUUUUUUUUCCAGUCCAGUUUGAUUUUGGUUUGUUACGGUUUCCUUAUCGGAAAGUUUUUUUUUUUUUUUUUUUUUUUUUUGUGUUAUGAAUGCUUUCAAAAUGUAUAGUACUGCCAAUAUCUCUGUGAAGACAUUUGUAACAAUAUUCCUUGUUUUUGAAAAAUUGAGGGUUUGCAUUCUGUGCUCGGUGUCAAUGUAAAUCGAAGGGUAAGUGGACACUGUCCAUUAGUCAAGAAUUAAUAAAAGAAAUGCUCAUAGACUUAAUAUUACAGUUCUCAACAUCCUCUGUGACAAACUGGAAAUGUCACUGAAAAUCGGUAGUAAUAAAGUGUCUCUCUCUGUGCUUCUGUACGCAGUCAGCGGAGCAUUUUCAGCAAUCCCCCCCCUUACUGGUGUGUGUGUGUGACAGAGAGAGAGAGAGACCUUCCAGAACGUCCCAGUUUUCAUUGCGGCUUUGCACCCUGUAAUGUCUGAGUUUGGUAACACAGCGAUCAGAGCAUUGUUCCCCCGGCCACCACAGACAAAGAGAGUGGUGCGUUUCUCCCUCUCCGCCCAGCAUCCCAA